UUGGACCUGCUAAGUGAAAACAAUAUGUGACGUGGCUAACCCUGUGGACAAAAAGAACAAGUAAACCUAAAGCAUUAAAUUGUUUACUGGAAAACUAAAAGGAGCUUAACACUUAGGAAAACACGGGCAGUCCGAAAUAAAGAAGACAAACCUUUCGUGUUGGUGAGUUUGGCGAGGAAACUGUUAGCAGGCUAGGGUAACGUUAACUGCUAGCAUCAAGACUUUGACAGGAGAAAGGCAUGAACUAAGACAUCAAGAUGUCAGACAGCGAAGCUACAGCAGCAGAGGGUCCAGAGGUGGAACCAGAGUUUCAGGAUGCCUGUCCUGCAGAAACACCCGACAGCUCCUCAGCGAGCACACCUGACAAUUCGACUGACGUGGCUCCCACAAGGAAAGCCAGGAGGAGACCAGACGUCAAACUUGCAGAUGAAGUUGAGGAGGCGCCGAAAGUAGAGGAGCAGCCAGCAAAGUCACCAGCACCGAGUGAGUCCACCGUGUCUCAGGGUGGUUGGGGAUACUGGGGCAGCUGGGGCAAAUCCAUCUUAUCCACAGCAACAGCUACUGUGGCCACUGUGGGCCAAGGGCUCACUCAGGUGAUAGAGAAGGCAGAGACGUCACUAGGAAUCCCCAGUCCAACCGAACUCUCUGCGCAAGUUGAGGAAGAGCAGAAGGAGCGAAGUGAAUCCAUCAGUGAGUCAGACAAAGCGGCCAGAGAUGGAUCAGCAGCGGCGGUGGGAAGUGCAAUGGGAAUGCUGACAUCGCUCACGAGUGUCGUCCAGAGCACAGGGAAAACGGUGAUUACGGGCGGCCUAGAUGCUCUGGAGUUCAUUGGGAAGAAGACGAUGGAUGUGAUAGCAGAAGGCGAUCCAGGCUUUAAGAAGACCAAAGGACUGAUGAUCAGGAACUCCACUUUGUCUCAGGUGUUGAGGGAGGCGAAGGAGCGAGAGGAGCUGCAAACGGCAGAAACAGAGUCUUCAGACUCCGAGAAGAAGGUGGUGGCUCACUACGGGAUGCUGUUUGAUGAAUUUCAGGGUCUGUCGCACCUCGAGGCGCUGGAGAUUCUGUCUCGAGAGAGUGAGUCUAAGGUGAAGUCAGUGCUGACCACUCUAUCAGGAGACGAGCUGGUUCAGCUCAGACAGGAGUUGGAUCUCAUUAAGGACGCUUUCUCUCUUGUGGAGUUUGAUGAUGAGGAAGUUGAUGAGAAGAAAGAUGAAGACGGCUCAGAGUUUGAGAAGGAGUUAACGGAGGCUCUGGAGGGGCUCAGUGUCAGCGCCACAGCUGACAAACUCAGCAAGGCCUGUAAGAACACCUGCAGCCAGAUCACUGACAUGUCCAAACCAGAGCAGGAAGAGGAAGAGAGUGAGGACGCUGUAAAGAAAACAGUCUCUGUAGAGGAUGUUCAUGCUGCAGCCAUCAGGAGUCUGGCAGAGCUGACGGCACGAUCCAUUGAGCUUUUCCACAAACUGGCUGAGAUGAUCCUGUUCUCCAACGGCAGCACGGAGGCCAGCGCCCUGUCACAGUUAACGGUUGUCCUGUGUAAGGAAAUCUCACUGCUUUCCAAGAAGUUCACCUCCUGCUUAACAACAGCAGGGUCAAACGAGAAGGGGGAUGUCCUCAACCCGCUGAUAACAGGAGUCUUUUUAGAGGCGUCCAACAGUGCAUCUUACAUCCAAGAUGCUUUCCAGCUGCUGAUGCCCAUACUGGAGAUCUCCCACAUUCAGAGGAAAGCUGAAUCCACAGAGCAGUGACCAACUGACGUCAGCUCUGUUCUCCAUCGCUGCCAUGACGCUGGGACUGUGUCACAGCAGAGAACUGACACAUCUAUAGAACUUGUUUGUUGAAAAAUCAUCUACGUCAGCUCUUACUACGUCUGUUUACAGCUCAGGACAAAAAUCAGUUUCAAGUGUGUUUUUGUCAAACAGUGUUAACCUUUUUUUUUUUUUUGAUUAGCUGGUUUAAUUGUAAAGCACAGUAGAUGGACUCAUUGCAGUGUGGAGGAGGUCUGGAUCUACCAGCUGAGGGAAACAAAUGCUUUUCUGUUAAACGGAGCAACUUAUUGUUCUUCCUUGUACACUGACAUGUACACUAUUUCUUUCUGACAGCACUAUAUUAAAAGAUAUAAAUUACACCUCAGAGAACACUUAAAUAAAGACAUAGGAUGGGAACUCCAGUGGUAGUUUGUUAAAAAGAAAGGUGUGUCUCAUAAUAAAUAGUAAGAUAUAUAGAUAAUGUAUUUUUCUCAUUACUGCACAGAGAAUAGUUUGGACUUUAUUUUCUAUGCAUAUCUCUCUAAAGCUCUGGUUCCUGGAACAGUCGGAGCCGAGUUUUUUUGUGACCAACUGCUAUAAUUAGUUUACAGUAUUGUAGCUCUAAUGAUGCCUGUUUGUUUAAUAACAUGCUUGCAAUUUGACUCUGUAGCUUUAUUGUAUACAACAAUAUCAGCUUUAAUUCAGUAUUUUCUGUCACUUGCAAAAUACAAGGCAUCCUUAUAUGUUUCAGUAGCUGCCAUGGAUGUGUAAAGAGGCUGAUGGCUCCACAUACUCAACUCCCUGGUUGGCUUUAUUUUGCUCUUCAGCCAUCCCCACAAUUGAGGACUUAAGAUUUUAGUUGGAUUUGAGUCAAACAACUAAUUACUGUUUCACUGCUGAGACUCAAGUGUCAGGUUUUGACCUGGUGGAAUUGUAGAAGGAAAAUAAAUUAAUGAGACUGUAACAGGCAGGAUUUGUUUGGCCACACAGCAUCUAUUUUUUAUAAUUAGGCCUAAAUGACUUGCAGCAGUCUCACAGUCCCUGAUGUGUCUCUCUGUUUUCUCUCUGUUGACCACUCUUGGAAAUAAUCACACGUGCUGUAAGAGAAAUAUGCAUCAACACUAUUACAAGAUUCCUCUUUAUUGUCAUUAAAGUCAUUAUUCAUGGAACUUCAACGUAACUUCAGGUGUUUAUGCAUCAACAGAGGAGCUUCUAUCUGCCAUGACAGUUGUGAUUGUCUUUGAGCCAAUGGCCUUCAGUUUUAUGAUGCUGAAGCGCUGACAGCUGUGUGUUGUGGGCAUGUGAAGUGAUAUAUUUUCGAGCAAUAUACUGUACUCUAUCAGAUGUUUGAGGUGGUUUUCAAAUAAAGACGCUUUCAUACAGGCGCAAUCUGG